AUGGAAGACUCAGAAGAGAGGUCGCGAAAGAGACCGCGUCUCAGCAACGAUGAAGAUGUCACAACAAGCCCAAGUACUUUACCAAGGACUCUUACAAGCGCAAUAUCCCCUCCUCCACUUCGUCGAAAUCGAAAAGUGGAGAUCCCAGAAUCAAAAGUACUGAAAUCGCCAUUCCAACUGACAUGGAUCCGAGACCUACCGGAGUCUUCAAAUGUUGACGCUGUCUCAUUGAAAGAUAUUCUAGGAGACCCAAUGAUUGCAGAAUGCUGGGAAUUCAACUAUCUGCAUAAUUUGGACUUCCUUAUGGAUGCUUUCGAUACCGAUGUCCGGGAUCUUGUGAAAGUGCACGUCGUUCAUGGGUUUUGGAAAUCAGAAGAUCCACAGCGGCAGAGAAUAAAGUUGCAAGCGGAGAAAUACCCCAAUGUCUCUCUACAUACCGCCUAUAUGCCGGAGAUGUUUGGCACUCACCACACCAAAAUGUUGAUGCUUCUACGGCAUGAUGAUACUGCACAAGUCAUUAUCCACACGGCAAAUAUGAUUGAAUUUGAUUGGACAAACAUGGCUCAGGCUCUUUGGAAGUCUCCGUUAUUGCCAAAAAUGUCCAGUGAUGCUUCUGAGCCACCAGAAUCGCCUCCCAUGGGUAGUGGAGAAAAGUUCAAGUUGGAUUUUCUGAAUUAUCUCAGAGCUUACGACGGGAAGCGGACCAUUUGCAAACCUAUCAUCGAGAAGCUUUUACAAUACGACUUCUCAGAAAUUCGUGCGGCUCUUGUCGGAAGUGUUCCUGGGAAGCAGGGUAUAGAGACAGAUUCCAAGACUUUGUGGGGAUGGGCUGGCUUGAAAGAAGCUCUCAAAUCGGUGCCAGUAACAGAACCUGAAACCGAGCCAGAGAUUGUUGCUCAGAUUUCUUCGAUCGCAACACUUGGUCCCAACGAUAAAUGGCUAGACAAAACUUUGUUCAAGGCAUUGAGCACGUCGAAAAAUGUUAUCUCGUCUAAGCCGAGUUUCAAGGUCAUAUUUCCUACGGCAGAUGAAAUCCGAAGAAGCUUGAAUGGAUAUGCUUCGGGCUCCGCAAUUCACACAAAGAUCCAGUCUGCUCAGCAACAAAAACAGCUUCAAUAUUUGAAGCCGUUAUUCUGUCAUUGGGCUGGCGAUGGGGGUUCGACUCCUCCGCCAACACAUGACGCGGGUAGGAAACGGGCAGCUCCGCAUAUCAAGACUUAUACAAGGUUCACCGACUCAACUCGAACUGCUAUCGAUUGGAUGCUAGUCACGUCAGCUAACUUAUCAAAGCAGGCCUGGGGUGAAGCAACGAAUAGUGCAGGUGACAUUCGAAUCUGUAGUUAUGAAUUGGGAGUCCUUGUGUGGCCUGCACUGUUCGGAGAGAAAUCUACUAUGGUGCCAACAUUCAAAAGCGAUACACCUACAGUAGAUGCUGAAAAUUCAGGAACGGAACUGAUAGUCGGAGCUCGCAUGCCUUACGAUUUUCCUCUAGUACCGUAUGGGAAGGAUGAUGAACCGUGGUGCGCUACCGCCUCUUACACGGAGCCGGAUUGGAAAGGAGAAACAUGGAAGGUAGAGUGA